UUAACUCCAAACCGAAGUCUCCGUGAAGCACAGAGAACACUGAUGACGUUGGGUUGAGUGACCAAUCGGAAGGCGCUGCCCUUUGGAGACAAACCAUUUUUACUUGUAGUGUCUGCAUCUGUCUGAAAGCGAGGGCUCCAAUUUUUUUUUUAACAGAAACCACCUUAAAAAUCUCCUACCUUAACUUAUACCCACCUUCCGCUACAUUGAAUGAGAAUAUUACGGGAGAAGAAAAAAGCUGGGUGUUAAUAGGAGAAUAUCUCCUCGCCGUGGAGAGGGAGCGAUAACGGCGCAGCGAGAGAGAGAAAAACCGAUUUGGACUUGAGAAGAGGGGGUGAGUGCUCUCAAGGCUAGAAAAUUUGAUGAUGACCAUGACUACGAUGGCUGACGGUCUGGAAGCCCAGGACUCGUCCAAGUCUGCUUUCAUGGAGUUUGGUCAGCAGUCUCACUCACAGCAGAGCUCCCCGUCGAUGGCCGCCAGCCACUACCCGCUGCACUGUCUCCACUCGGGCUCGCACCCUCACCACCCGCAGCACGACAACUCCCCGUACCCCGGGACCAACUCGUACAACAGGUCGUUACCCUAUUCCUACGUGAGCCAUUCGCACCACAGCCCCUAUUUGCCGUCUUAUAACAACACGGGAGGACAGUCGAGGUUGGACGGCACAGAGCAGCAGAAGACGACGGUGAUUGAAAAUGGGGAAAUUCGCUUCAACGGGAAAGGCAAGAAGAUCCGCAAGCCCCGGACCAUUUAUUCCAGUUUACAGUUGCAAGCACUGAACCACCGUUUCCAGCAGACCCAGUACCUGGCGCUGCCAGAGCGGGCUGAGCUGGCGGCCUCGCUUGGACUAACGCAAACACAGGUGAAGAUUUGGUUUCAAAAUAAAAGGUCGAAGUUCAAGAAACUACUGAAGCAAGGUGGCAACCCGCACGAGACUGACCCCAUGCCGGGAUCCAUCGCCCUCUCGCCGCGCUCUCCCACCAUCCCUCCGAUAUGGGACGUCACGGGGUCCGCCAAAGGAGUAAACAUGCCGGCCAACAGCUACAUGCCGGGCUAUCCUCACUGGUACUCGUCCCCUCACCAAGAUUCAAUGCAGCGAUAGAUAGACCACGGGAGCGGGACGGGAGGAGCUGGCCCAGGGGCCGUCAGAUUCCUUAUCAGUUUCACUCGCACGAUUAAUAUCCGUCAGCCUCGCAGACUGAAUGAUUGCCUGCAUAGAGGAGAUACCUCUACGGCCUGGCCACGGCUCCACUUCUCUGAUGGAUGUGCGGGGCCACGGUGAUACAUCACAAUAACCGGAAUUUGCUAUUCAAAAUAAACAUGGCCUUCCACGAGCCAUGCUUUGAUAUGCUUUCAUAUACAUCUCAACAUCUGACUUGUCGAUAGACCGAAUUUCAAGUGACAUUUUUAAACCAGUUUGGUCAAAGACUGCAUUUACACACACACCCACACGUACACAAACACGCGCACGCUCGUGCGCGCACCCACUGCCGCGCUCGGAAAUCCAUGGCCGUGAUUUAUGAAGGACUCCUCCUUUCUGCUGUUUGGUUGUCUGUUUCUUGAACAUGCAAAAAUCCAAGCAAUUUGCGUGUCUGUAAAUAUAACCUGCAAUUUUAUUUGUACAUACACUUUUUAUUGUUUUGUCGAAUUGAGUAAACCAUGACUCUAUAAACCGUUGUCUGUUCUGUCAUUUAACAAAAAAGAAAAAUGUGGAUUAUUAUUUGUUGUAGACCUACCAUAGCCUGCCCCGAAUAACCUCGAAUAGGCCUGGAAGCAGAAUUUCUCUAACAGCAGACUACCAGUCAAUAUUAGACUAUA